AUGGCUCUGGAGAAUUUGGCGCCCGAACUUAUCUCUCUCAUCCUACGAAAUGUCGACUCACCUCGUGGGCUCCAUGAUAUGAUCUCAGCAUCGCCGUUAUGCUUGCGGGUCUUCUCCAAAACACCCCAAAUUUUUCUCUCAUCUGUAAUCCGAAAUGCGUUACUAACGGAUAACUUGAGACAUCUUCUUACUGUCCGACAAACUCCCUCACCAGCAACUAAGAGUAUAGUUCCCGAGUUCCUAGAAAAAUACUUUGAUGCCUCCUGUUCUUUCAAUUUUCCUACCGAGAAAUCAGAGCUGAUGUUGCUUUGCCGACUUUACAACCGGGUGACAUUCCUGAUUUCCUGUUAUACGGAGUACAUGUACCGGCUUGGUUUAGUUGACUCGAUUCUUAUCCCCACUUCAACAGAAUGUAUACGGCUACAGAGGGCGUUCCUCCGAUUUGAGAUCUACUGUCGCGUCUUUCCAGCUGACGGUUCUGUUCCACUCGAAACGGUUUCGGCAAACGAUGAGUUCUCUUCUAUUGAACAGUUUGAUCUCUUCAUAAGUCGUCUCUCAUCUUGGGAAGUGGAAGAGAUAGCUUGCGUCGAGCUGUACGUCACUCUUAUGAUAAGGGAUUACAUCGACGAGCUUGAGAGUCAGUUCAUGUCUACUACCAAUAAGUAUGCGAGGCUUGCAUGGCCUUUGCUCCCCGAACCCGAAUCAGAAGCAGAGAUAGAGACAAAGAAUGAAACGGAAAGAAAACGCGAGCGGGACACCCUUGUCGAGCUUACGGCACUGGAUCAAACCAGUCUUUCUUUGUUUUCAAAAGAGGGUAGAUACCGUUCUUCAGAUAAUAUCAGCUACAUGACUUCGCUGGGUCUCGACUUUAUCUACGAUCUCUAUACUGCCGGAGAAGGACGAUCCGAGUUGAUUAGAUCAAAUUGCCAAUAUUCUCGCGAGUUUCUACCAGAAGCUCUGAGAUACUCGCCAACGUGGCCACCAGACCACCAAUAUGAAGAAACCGCGACUCUGCAAAAUGAUUCGUCGCGCAGCAACCUCGGCUACCUCAUAUUCAGCAGAGUCGAGGGUGACGAAAGAAUGUAUAAGCCAAUUACCACCACGGGCGGCCGCUAUUCAGGCAUACGACAACUUGGAGAUAUACGAUAA